CUCCUCUAGCUGGGCCCCCACUCUACACAGCUGGCGCCCCCGCCCAACCCCGGGCUGCUUCCUGCCCCUCCCCUCCGCUCCCCGCUCCAGCUCCAGCUGUUUCUCAGGCUGAGUUCUGUCCGUGUCCCACACAGAACACCAGACAGAGGAUGUUGCUGAAGGUUGUGCUCCGCGGGGCUCAGAUGAAGUCGUCCGUGAAUGGAAGAAAUGCUUCCAAGGAAACAGCCACUACCAGAACAACUGCGUGACCAGGAGAAAGAGGCCAGGGCGCGAGUCCCCACACCCUGAAGCCGCAGGGGGAGACUGGAGAGAGAAGGUGGUGCUGGCUGGCUGUGCAUCCCUGCCAAGCUGAGCGUCUGUGUCCUGCUGUCCAUUGCUCUCGAAUACACGAACAGGAUCUGAACGUGCCUGCUUUAUCAGAGGGGAGCCUGCGGCUCAGAGAGACGCCACACACCCCAGAAGAGCACAGCUUGCAGGUGCCAAAUUUGAACCCUGCACCCAACCACUGCCUCAGGCACCUUCAAGCAUUUCCAGCUGUGCACAGUGACCGGCCCGCCGAGGACCUGGACUGGAGUUCUGUUCUGCAACGGUGAACACUGAAGAUCUCCAAAGAGAUGGAGCACGGGGCUUACAACGACUCCGCCCUCUACUACGAUGAGUACUCCGAGGGCUUGGACUACAUCAUGGACUUGGAGGAGGUGGUUCCGCUGGAGGGCAGGGUGCUCCAGAUCUUCCUGGUGGUGGUCUACAGCUUGGUGUGCUUCCUCGGAAUCCUAGGCAACGGCCUGGUGAUUGUCAUUGCCACCUUCAAGAUGAAGAAGACGGUGAACACCGUGUGGUUCAUCAACCUGGCAGUGGCCGACUUCCUGUUCAACAUCUUCUUGCCCAUUCACAUUACCUACGCCGCCAUGGACUACCACUGGGUGUUCGGGAAGGCCAUGUGCAAGAUCAGCAACUUCCUGCUCAGCCACAACAUGUACACGAGCGUCUUCCUGCUGACCGUCAUCAGCUUCGACCGCUGCAUCUCCGUGCUGCUUCCUGUCUGGUCCCAGAACCACCGCAGCGUCCGACUGGCCUACAUGACCUGCGCGGCCGUCUGGGCCCUGGCUUUCUUCUUGAGUUCCCCGUCUCUCAUCUUCCGGGACACAGCGGACAUGCACGGGAAGAUAACCUGCUUCAACAACUUCAGCUUGGCUGCCGCCGAGUCUCUCCCCCACCCCACCCACUUGCAAAUGGCUUCAGCAGUGUACAGCAGACAUGCAGCGGUCACCAUCACUCGCUUCCUUUGUGGCUUCCUGAUCCCUGUCAUCAUCAUCACGGCCUGUUAUCUCACCAUCGUCUUCAAGCUGCAGCGCAACCGCCUGGCCAAGACCAAGAAGCCCUUCAAGAUCAUCAUCACCAUCAUCAUCACCUUCUUCCUCUGCUGGUGCCCCUACCACACCCUCUACCUGCUGGAGCUCCACCACGCAGCAGUGCCCAGCUCUGUCUUCAGCCUGGGGCUGCCCCUGGCCACCGCCAUCGCCAUCGCCAACAGCUGCAUGAACCCCAUUCUGUAUGUCUUCAUGGGCCACGACUUCAGAAAAUUCAAGGUGGCCCUUUUCUCCCGCCUGGUCAAUGCCCUGAGCGAGGACACAGGACCCUCCUCCUACCCAAGUCACAGGAGCUUCACCAAGAUGUCGUCGUUGAAUGAGAAGGCUUCAGUGAAUGAGAAGGAGACCAGUACUCUCUGAACCUUUCCUAGGAAUGUCCCCAUGGGCAUCACAGCCCAGCAACACCCAGGUAUGCCCAGGGACACCAGGAAUACCCAGGGAUACCAGGAAUGCCCAGGGACACCAGGAAUGCCCAGGGUUGCCCAGGGACUUAUCUCCUGAAGUGGGAGACACGCCAGGAGCCUUUGGGUAUGCUCCAGUGCCCACUAUGUCUUGCACAAGGCACCUCACGUUUUGAGCAGGGGUUGGGGGGUUCCCAAGUGUGGACCCUCUUCCAGCAAAAUGGCGGCCAAGCAACCUGAGUCUCUGCAGCAGGAGUAGAGGGACCACCUUUGACUGACUCAGCAAAGGGAGGGUCUCUGAAGCCAACAUAACGAAUGACACACGAUUUCACCGUGUGUGCCCCCAAACACGCCGCCCAGUCUCCAGCGUGGGUGAGGAAGUCACUACAAACCCGUUACAGACCUGUUAUGGCGACACAACAGUCCAUCCAGCCAAGCCCACCAUACCCCCUUCAUCCUCCAGGACCUUGACUUUGGAUUUCAGAAGAGUGGGAAGGACCAGGACCCGAGGGGCUUCAUAGAACCUUGCGAGGGGAGCACAGGGCAGUGUGUGUGAGUGUGAGUGUGUGUGUGUGUGUGUGUUGUGAAGAGGUAGAGACAGCGAGCAGAGAACCCCGAAGGAUGUGGGUACAGGUUAUCUCACACCAUCGUGCCACACAGGGAGACGGAGCCACAGGCAGAGGCAGCUCUUUGCCUCAGUGUGUGUAUUCACCCAGCACUGAACCCUGAGGCUGGGUAGAGCCUCUUCACAGAAGUCUCCAUCCCAUCCCCAGCCCGGGGUCCCUUCUUCCCUAAUCCCCUCAACGCUGUCUGGAAGAGCCGGCUCAGAAUGUCCUGGAGACUGGUCUAGAACGGAGUUUUGGGACUCUGUCUUCAGAGCAGCUUCCACAGGCUGUCUGGCGGCUCAUCUGUGAUGCUGGCUCCCCUCAUACACUCUUCCCAGGUGUGGCAUCACAGCCCCGUGGGCAGCCCGGGAUUAGGCUUCCUCCCCCCCUCACCCCCCACCCCGCAGGGAAGUGGCUCACCCGACAACACACACACUGUCGUCAGUCCAAAGGCGGGGAGCCCAGCUCCGACUGGCGAGGCAGCGUGCUUUAUUUUACACGUCCCAUGCAUGUUAAACAUUUCACAUGUACCUUCUCACUUAUUCUUCACAGAAACUUCAUACACACGAGGAAGCAGAGGCUCAGAGAGGUUAAGCAACUGGCCCAAGGGGACCUAGUUCGAUGUUGGCCGAGACUGGAUUUGAACUCCAGUUGGCCUGGCUCAAAGGAAGAUGAAGAGUCGCGGGGAGCUAAUGGGUUUGGGGUUUUAGCCAUAAAUACUGGUUUGUUUGUUUGUUUGUUUUUUCAUGUGAGCAUCUUAAUACAUGUUUGAAGUUUUGCAUGUUGUUUGCAGAGCAGCCGGAAGUCUUACUCUCCAGCCGCAGCCUCCCUGGCUCCCAUUACACACACGCUGAGAUCUGCCAGGCGGGCAUAGGGAGGGAGCCCGGUAGGUCAGCCUCUCUGGUCCAAGGCCUUCUGGCCCGCACUGUUUUCUGUUCCUUCCAAGCCACUGCCACCGGGGCGUAACACACAGAUGCGUGUCCUCUGGCCCAGCCUGUUCCCAAAGUCUAGACUGCUGGGAGUCACACUUCAUCAGGGGACAGACUGUUCCUCCCUGGUUGGGCCUUAAGAUGAGGUAGUUCUGAACAGAUCCAAGCUGGAACCUCUAGUUUCUCAGAGAACCUGAAUGUUUGGAGAUUGGGGGCAGUAAGGGAGGUUUAAAAAUAACCCUGUGUGCCCAUUGUCACGCGCACACGCACACGCACACGCACACACACACACACACACACAUGAACACAAGUGACUCCCCAGGGCUACAGAUGUGCAACCAAUGCUUGCCGUGGUAUGGGAUUCAUCAUGUUAACGGAGGCGCCUGUCCGUGACUGGGGCCUCAAGGCCUCUUGGACAGUGCGCUUCCUGGACACCAGGGCUGGCCAGGCCAGGCAGGGGACCAGGAAAUCUUGUUGCCAUCGGAAAAGCUGACCAACAGGAGUGUUACACCAGUCAGUAUUGACCCCCCUAGAGCCUACCCUCUUCCUCCUGGCUGUCACAACGCCCCUGUUCUGACUUCCGUUCGUGCCAAGCGCUAAGUGAAACCUUCAGCCUUACCCUCAUGGAUUCUCACAGCCUAGCCCCUUUCCCGCUUCUCCCAGGACUUAGGUAAUCCCUGCAGCCGGCAAAUUGCGGUGGCCCCCUGUGUCCCUCCAAAGACGCAACAGGGCCACACCUACUCUGGAGCCAGGACCCAGCAGACUGCCUCACGGAUGUCCCCUGGGUGGGUGAUGAGCUGAGGGAACAUGGGAGCAAGACAUGAUGUGGAGGGACAAGAAGGAGAGACAGCUGGAGUGUGGGGGAGGGGAGCGGAGUGUGCUUCUGAGCCUCCAGAUGCCAAGGAGCACUCCAGCGUGAGCUUGGAGCACUCCAGUCUAUGCUCGGGCCUGGGGGAGGAGGCUGUUGUGUCUCUGUGGGUCAUGCAGAAACUCAAGUAAGGGCCUAAAGCUAGGAAGUGACGUGGGGCUUGGGGGCUUGGAACCCCUCUGCUGCCUGAGGCUUCUUCACCUUUGUCAGCCUAUGGAAGCAGGAUGGGAGGGAGGAGGGAAAGAGGACAGAAAGGAGGAGGGAGAGCAGGAAGGAGGAGGAAAGACAGGAGGGAGGAGGGAAUAACGCCACAUCACCUCCAAACCUCCAUCCCUGCUGAGCCAUCUCCACACAGCUCUUGAGACAUCAUCCCCAGGGACGCCUUAUCAAGAGAGGAACCGUGAGGUCUGUGGUUAUGAGGUGCAAGUGGAUCUGUCUACCCUCAUGGCGAGGGUCAGACUUUGCCAAGGCCAAGGAUGCAAAGACCGGGGCUGCCCCCAGAGAGUGGGCUGGUGUUGAGUGGGUGGGAGGUCCCGGAGGGCUCCAGGUAGACUUACAAGGCAGCAGGCCAGGCCAGGCCUCCUGGGGAGGGAGAGAGCCCUGGGAGGGCUCUGAGGGCUGGGCUGCAGGGAGCAGGAGGUGGGCAGAAGACCUGGGCUGGGGAGGCAGGUGCAGACUGAUGUGCUCAGCCCUGCAUGUUGGAUCCUCCCCUUCUCUGUGGGGAGAGGAAGCCAGCAGGCUGCAGCGUUGAGUGAAAGUCCCAGAGAGCUGGAGAGAGCAGAGGGCGGUAUUUAAAAGCUCCGAGGUCUCUCAGGGGAGUGGUUAGCGGGAAGGCAACCCUGGGCCCAUCUGUGUGGCACAGAGGUCCUGCCACGUUAGUCUGUUGAUGGAAAUUAAUUGUAAAUAUUAUUCAAACGUACCUCGCUGUGCACAAUUACUCUCCUCAAGGGAGUUCUCUGAGUACAUCGGGGAAACUCUGUAAAUAAUACAUACAUUAGCCUGUGCUAAUGCUGCUGUGGUGGUGGUGACUGUGAGAUUUACUCUAAGUGUUUGUGCCAGGGAUGGGGGUGAGGGGGUGUGUGGUUAGCCUCGGACACGCACUGGGGACAAUGCUAGGCAUGCCACCCAACCACUGGCCUAGAGGCCUGGCCACUGGGCAGGUGGGGACACAGAGCUGGCUGGAGAGGGAGACAUGCAGGUGUAGAGAAUGCCCAUCUGGCCUCAGAAGCCCAGCAGAGGCUGCACCAGCAGUGUGGUUACCUGGCUGUGUUCCAGUCUGGGGCAAGCACUUCUGUCCCAUGAUCUCGUUGAGUGGUUACGGGAACCUCUGUGGUAAGACCCAGCACCGUGUCUGUAGAUGGAUGAAUGAAGAGGUAGAGAGUUUCAGAAGGGUGAGGGGUUUGUGCAAGGCCUCACAGCUAGCGAGAGCUGAGAGCCGAGCCCUGCCGUCUGUCUGUCUGUCUUUCUGUGUGUCUGUCUGUUUGUUGGAAAGCUCUUGCUUUCCCAAGAAGUUACUCAGUCUCUGCCCCCCCCCCAUCUCAACUCCCCACUCCUGUCAACUUUCAAGCCCAGGAACUGCACUGUCCUUGGAGGGGAGGGGGUGGCAUUUACAGGGCUCGCCAGUCAGUUCCGCUCAGCCUUUGGGUUUGGGGUUUCAGAGAGACACUACUUCAAGUUCAUCCCUUCUCAGUGGCCCCCACUCCCAACCCCCCCAUCCCCGUUUAACAUCACAAAACUGAGCAGGAUAGUAGUGGUUUGGGGGACACCCCCUCCCUCCCACCU